UAGCUUUUAAAAAAUGCCGCUGAAAGGCAUCAAAGUCUUGGAAUUCGUUGGCCUAGCCCCUGGUCCACUCUGUGGCAAAAUCCUGACCGAUUUUGGGGCUACCGUCACCCGCAUUGACAAGAUCCUCGAUAAUCAGUUGGAUGUACUGCAACAUGGCAAGCGUACAAUGUGCGUUAAUAUGAAAGAUCCUGAGGGGCAGCAGCUGGUGCGCCGCCUGGCCAAGAAAAGCGAUGUACUCAUCGAACCCUUUCGACCGGGCGUCAUGGAGAAGCUCCACUUGGGUCCCGCCGAGUUGUGCGGAGAGAAUCCGCGUUUGAUCUAUGCCCGUCUGACGGGAUUUGGCCAGCAGGGACGUUUGGCGGCACGCGCUGGUCACGAUCUCAACUAUGCAGCCAUUUCGGGCGUUCUGUCCAUGCUGGGACGCAGACACGAGAAGCCCACCGCACCGAUUAAUCUUUUGGCCGACUUCGCGGGCGGCAGUGUGAUGUGUGCCCUGGGCAUUUGCCUGGCCCUGCUGGAGCGCCAUAACUCUGGGCGUGGCCAGGUCGUGGAUGCGGCCAUGGUCGAAGGAGCUGCUUAUGUGGCCAGCUGGUUGUUCCUGUCGCGGGAUCUUCAUAUUUGGGGAAAGCAGCGUGGCGACAACAUCCUCGAUGGCGGGGCAUAUUUCUACGAUAACUACCAAACAAAAGACGGUCUCUACAUGUCUGUGGGCGCGCUGGAGCCGCAGUUCUUUGAGCUUCUCAGGCAGCGAUUGGAACUGCCCGAGGAUCUGCCGCAGUUCGGAGACGAGCAUCAAGAGCGGGGCAGGCGGCUAUUAACGGAAGCAUUUCUAACAAAAACCCAGGCAGAAUGGUCGAAGAUCUUUGAAGACAUAGAUGCUUGCGUUUAUCCCGUGCUGGACUAUACAAAAGUCCACCAACAUGCCCACAAUAAGGAGCGGCAAUCCUUCGGGCUGCUCGGUGAUGCAGUGGCACCGCGUCCAGCGCCACGACUGAGUCGUACUCCUGGAAAACUGCCCAAGGCAGAGAACACAAAGCAGGAAGAACUGAUAGGGGAUCUGGAGUUGAAACCCGAAGAACUGAAAAGAUUGUUGGAGUCGGGAGUGCUGACGUUGCCAGAUCGGGCAAAGCUCUAGCCUGCUGUAUAACAGUUCUUGUUGAAAGCUUCGAAGUGCAGUUUAUUGUUUACAUCCGUAUUGAGAGCCGCCCCAAGAUUUCGCCGAUUGUUGUUUAAAAUAAAAGACUUUAUUGUUUUGUUGCUCUUGCA